GCCACGCGCCGGGGGCGCACGUAGGAAGAGAGCGCGCUGGAGGCGCCGGGAAACGUUUUGCUCGGCAGUUCCCGGGUAGGGUCGCCUAGGAGACGCGGCUCGCGAGCGGCUCCCAUGGCUGCGUCGGACCGAGUGGUGCUGGGGCCGCUGGUGGGUUCAAUCGACCAGGGCACCAGCUCCACGCGCUUCCUGGUUUUUAAUGCAAGAACAGCAGAGCUCCUGAGUCAUCAUCAAGUAGAAAUAAAACAGGAAUUCCCUAAAGAAGGAUGGGUGGAACAAGAUCCAAAGGAAAUCUUGCAGUCCGUUUAUGAAUGUGUGGAGAAAACAUGUGAGAAAUUGAACCAGCUAAACAUAGACAUCACCAACAUAAAAGCUGUUGGAGUCAGCAAUCAGAGAGAGACAACUGUGGUUUGGGACAAGACAACUGGAGAACCUCUCUAUAAUGCUAUUGUGUGGCUUGACCUGAGAACCCAGCCAACAGUUGAGAGGCUUCUUAAAAUAAUUCCAGGGCAAAAUAAAUCCUUUUUUAAGACCAAGACUGGCCUUCCACUUAGCACAUAUUUCAGUGCAGUGAAACUUCGGUGGCUCCUAGAUAACGUGGAAGAGAUCAGGCAAGCUGUUCAUGAUGGGCGAGCUAUGUUUGGUACCAUUGAUUCAUGGCUUAUAUGGAGUUUGACGGGUGGGAAGAAUGGAGGUGUUCAUUGUACAGAUGUCACCAAUGCCAGUAGAACAAUGUUGUUCAACAUUCAUUCCUUGGAGUGGGAUUCUGAACUCUGCCAUUUUUUUGAUGUUCCCAUGGAAAUACUUCCAAAAGUGCGGAGUUCCUCUGAGAUUUAUGGUUUGAUGAAAUCCGGAGCCCUGACAGGUGUGCCAAUUUCUGGGUGCCUGGGUGACCAGUCUGCUGCUCUAGUUGGACAAAUGUGUUUCAAGGAUGGACAAGCAAAAAACACGUAUGGAACAGGAUGUUUCUUGCUUUGCAAUACAGGUCAAAAGCCUGUUUUGUCUGAACAUGGCCUUCUGACCACAGUGGCUUACAAACUGGGCAGAGACAAACCUGUAUGUUAUGCACUAGAAGGCUCUGUUGCCAUAGCUGGUGCUGUUGUUCGUUGGCUAAGGGACAAUCUCGGUAUAGUAAAGUCUUCAAGUGAAGUUGAAAAACUUGCUGCAGAAGUGGGAACUUCGUAUGGCUGCUACUUUGUCCCAGCAUUCUCAGGAUUAUAUGCACCAUACUGGGAACCCAGUGCACGAGGUAUUAUCUGUGGCCUUACUCAGUUUACAAAUAAAAACCACAUUGCCUUCGCUGCGUUAGAGGCUGUCUGCUUUCAAACACGAGAGAUUUUGGAUGCUAUGAACAAGGACUGUGGAAUACCACUGAGUGAGUUACAAGUAGAUGGAGGAAUGACCAACAACAAGAUUCUCAUGCAGCUUCAAGCAGAUAUUCUCUGUAUUCAAGUAGUGAAGCCAUCAAUGCCUGAAACAACAGCACUAGGAGCUGCAAUGGCAGCCGGAGCGGCAGAAGGAGUUGGAGUUUGGAGUCUGAAUCCUGGAGAUUUGACAGCAGUGACAUGGGAACGAUUUGAACCACAGAUCAAUCCUGAGGAGAGUGAAUAUCGCUAUGCCAGGUGGAAGAAAGCUGUAAUGAAAUCAAUGGGCUGGGAGAUAUCUGAACCUCAGGCAAAUGGUGACUCUAGUAUCUUCUCUAGUCUGCCUUUGGGUUUUUAUAUAGUGAGUAGCAUGAUAAUGGUAAUCGGAGCAAAGUACAUCUCAGAGUUGGAACUGAAGCAACGUCUUUGCAUGGUGCAUUGUGCUGUCCCAGUUGCUUCCUCUGAAAGAUAGAAUUGACAAAUGAGGCUACUUAAUGGAUUACUGGAAUUCAGCCUGUUUGGUUUAUGUGCGAAGAGAGAAGAAUCCAGUUAUCUCCCAAUAUGAUGUCACUGUUUGUAUGAUUAGUUAAUUUAUAAACCCAUCUGUUGUCUGACCUAGAGAGACAUCCAAGAUGAUGGAUUUCUAACCUGAAAUACGGAAACUAAGCUUUCCUCACCCCCCCACCCCCACAAUUAUACCCGUCUUUUCUCCUCCCUGAUUCCCCACCACCACCUUUUAAGUAGCGUUUCAGGGUCUGUAGGUCCUAACUUUGUUUGAAGACGUGCCAUAAAUAGAAGUUGUAGCCUUUCUAAUUGUUGGUACUUUAUUAUAAUGCACUAUAGUAAGUCAUAAAAUAGUAAAAUUAUUUCCCAGCUACUGUGAAUUACCAUAGUUAUAUUUCUAUGGUUUCUAAAAGCAUUUUUGGUUCAGUAGGCAUUGGAUUGAAACAUCUCUAUUGGUAUAGGUUUUUUGUUUGUUUGUUUUUUAACACUAACUCAGUGUAUAAUCUGUACCGGACACUUUAAUAUCUGCUGGUAAUGUC